AUGUUAAACCCCAUCAAAACCCCAACUCUCCUUCACCUCAGAACCCUCCAAUCUCUAUUGGGUCCUCACCAUUUCCCCAAAUUCCCAUCAAGAACCAAGCUUUUCACCCAUCUCUGUCAUUCUUCCCCAAAUCCUUCACCAAACUUGGUCUCUCGAGUAUGUGACAUUCUGGGUGACCCCAAAUGGGAAAAAAUCUCAGAGCUUUCGGGUCUGAUCAUCAAUCUCAGAACCUAUCACAUGGUGAAGAUCAUUCAGACUCACAGGAACACAGACUCGGCUUUGAGAUUCUUCUUCUGGGUUUCGAGGAGGAAGCCAUACAAGCAUGACAUGAACUGCUUCGUUUCAAUGCUGGAUAGGCUUGUGAGGGAGAAGCUUUUCGGGCCGGCAGACCAUGUAAGGCUUUUGCUUGUUAAAGGUUGUAGGAAUGAGGAAGAGCUUAAAUGGGUUGUUGAGUAUUUGAAUGAAAAGAAAAGAAAUGGUUUUGGGUUCACAUUGUAUAGUUUCAAUACGCUUUUGAUUCAGUUGGGCAAGUUUGGGAUGGUUAGUGAAGCUCAGAGUGUGUAUAAUGAGAUAAUGAGUAGUGAGGUUAAGCCGAGUUUGUUGACAUUUAAUACUAUGAUCAAUAUAUUGUGCAAGAAGGGCAAGGUUCAGGAAGCAGAGAUGAUUUUCAGCAGGAUUAUUCAGUAUGAAAUGUUGCCGGAUGUUUUUACUUAUACAUCGUUGGUUCUCGGGCAUUGUAGAAAUCGUAACUUAGAUUUGGCAUUUGAAGUUUAUGACCGGAUGGUGAAAGCGGGUUGUGACCCGAAUUCAGUUACAUACUCAACACUUAUUAAUGGGUUGUGCAGUGAGGGGAGGGUGGACGAGGCACUGGAUAUGCUUGAUGAAAUGAUAGAGAAAGGGAUUGAACCCACAGCAUAUACUUACACUGUCCCAAUUACUUCACUUUGUGAGGCAAAUCGACCAUUGGAAGCAAUCAGGCUUUUCAGAAGUAUGACGAAGAGGGGUUGCUAUCCGAACAUCCAUACUUAUACAGCAUUGAUCAGCGGGUUGUCUCAGACAGGGAAACUCGAAGUUGCUAUUGGACUCUAUCACAAACUGUUGAAGGAUGGUAUGGUUCCAAGCAUGGUUACCUUUAACACAAUUAUGAAUGAAUCAAUUGAGGCAGGAAGAUAUGACAUUGGUCUGGAGAUUAUUUAUUGGAUGGAGAGUCAUGGUUAUGCUAUCUCAGAAAAUAUCCGAACACACAAUCAUAUCAUUAAGGGCUUGUGCUUGAUGGAUAAGAUUCACAAUGCCAUGGCUCUUUUAAGCAAAAUGCUUGAGGUGGGACCAUCUCCAAAUGUGAUUACAUAUAACACACUGAUCGAUGGAUACCUCAAUAGAGGUAAUCUGAACAAUGCGCUGAGGUUAUUAGAGUUGAUGAAAGGGAGAGGAUGUAAACUAGAUGAGUGGACGUACACCGAAGUUAUCUCUGGGUGUUGCAAGGUGCACAAGUCUAAAUUUGCAUCUAAUCUUUUCCAUGAGAUGUUAAAACAGGGCAUUAGCCCUAAUCAGGUCACUUACAACGUUUUGAUUGUUGGAUGCUGUAAUGAGGGGAAGGUAGAUGAUGCCUUGUCAUUUUUCAAGCAGAUGGAAGAGACUGGUUGCUGCCCGAAUAUUGAAAGCUACAAUGCUAUUAUACAUGGUUUGUCCAAAGACAAUCAGUUUGCUAAAGCCAAGCAAGUGUUUAAAAAGAUGGUGGAUCAAGGUCUGCUUCCGAAUGUCAUUACCUACACAUCUUUAAUUGAUGGCCUCUGUAAGAAUGGUAGUACUGACCUUGCAUUCAAGAUUUUUCAUGAAAUGAGAGAAAGAGAUUGCUUGCCGAACUUGUACACUUAUAGUUCACUUGUUUUCGGGUUAUGUCAAGAGGGCAAGGCUGAUGAUGCUGAGAGGUUACUUGAAGAAAUGGAAAUGGAAGGAUUGGUUCCUGAUGUGGUAACAUUUACCACGCUCAUUAAUGGUUUUGUUAUGCUUGGUAGGCUAGAUCAUGCAUUCUUACUUCUUAAGCGAAUGGUUGAUGUUGGCUGCAAACCCAACUAUUUUACGUUUACUGUAUUGGUCAAAGGGUUGAAAAGGGAAAGUCAAUUACUCACAGAAAAGGUUGUGGGCCUUGCGACCCAACAUGAAGUACAGUGCAGUUCCAGCUCUAACAAGAGAUGCAACGAUCUUGAGAUAUUGUGUAAUCUCUUAGAUAAGAUAUCAGAGAAUGGAUGUGAACCAACUACAGAAACCUACCAUAGUUUAGUGAGAGGCUUGUGUGAAGAUAGAAAAUAUGAAGAAGUAGAUCAGUUGGUGGAGCAUAUGAAAGAGAAAGGCCUGUAUCCCAGUGAAGAGUUUUAUAGGCCUAUGUUCUUUGCUAAUUGCAAGAACUUGAAACUGGACUCUGCUCUGGAAAUGCUUAGUGGCUUGAUGGCAGAUAGAGGCCUUGAGGUUGACUUUUCAAUCUAUACAGCACUUAUUUGUGCUUUCUGCAGGGCAAAUCGGAUGGAAGAAGCUGAAAACUUGUUGAAAAGUAUGCUAGAAUGCCAAUGGAAUGCUAACGAGAUUGUUUGGACUGUACUAAUUGAUGGGUUACUGAAGGAAGGGCAGUCAGAUCCAUGCAUGCAUCUUCUUCAUGUUAUUGAAUCUCAAAACUGCAUUCUCUGGGUUGAGACAUAUGCAAUUUUAGCCAGAGAACGUUCUCACGUAAACAAAAGUAUGGUGACUUCUCAGAUUGCUAACAGAGCGGUAGAAUUAGAAGCACAUUGA